AUUUUUUACAAGAUGCAAGCUGCCGCCGUCGUUCGCCGCGCAGCCGUCGCUAUCGCUUCCCGCUCUGUUCGCGUCUCUGUGGUGCGUGCCAUGAGCAGCACUGCUGUGCCGACUCCGUCGUUUGCGUCCGAGUUGGAACCCGACGUCAAGGGCCCGCGCCACUUCAUCGGCUCGUUUCCGGAAGAAACGGAAGCCAACAACUUCGAGGUCAACUGGAGUCUCGGUGACGACGACAUCACCCCGCUGCACAACUGCUACCGCAACCGUGCGUUGGACCGGUUGGCGGCCGCCGCCGCUGUCGCCGCGCCCGUGGCCAAUGCUGCUGCGCCUGCUGCCACCGCGACCAACUCGCCUGCGGGACCUUUCCUGGACCUCUGGAACGACGUGACCAAGCAGCUGUCGCACUCUGCGGACUUGUACAUUUCGGACGGUGCCGUCGGCGCACAUGCCGCCCUUCGCACGCCCAUCCGCGUGGUGUCGGACACGCCUCGCGUUGCCCAUGCCUUGGCGAACCUCCUCACCAAGGUUCCGACCCUCAAAGACCCGCACACGCCGCGCCCUAUCUUGGUCGUGUGGAAGUCGUCCACGGACAAGGACGAGUCGGCGUUCGCGUACAACAUCGACACGAACCUCGACGGAUUCACCCAAGCCAAGCUCGUGGUCCGCGGCGGCGGCGUGUCCAUCGAGUCGUUGCUCCAGAACGUGCUCAGCCUCAAGGCGCAACUCGACGCGUCUGACGAAGCCGGCGCCCCCGUGACGUUGGCGGCCGACGUCGUGGCCACCGACUCCACCUCGACGUUGGUGUUUGGAGCCAACGCUGCUUUGCGAGGCGCGCAGGUUGCCGCCGCGCACGGGGUGAUCUGGGACCCUUCCAUCGGGGUCACCCCUGCGUUCCAAGGCGCGGUCGUGUCCUCCGCCGUCGUGAGCACGCCGAAAGCGUCCACCCGUCGCCACCAAACGUACCCGGCGGCGUGGUCGACUGAGGCGACGGUGGUUGCCCGUGCAUUCGCGACGAUCCUGCCGCACCCGACGCAUGCGGUGGCGCACGGCGCGGCCGCCAACAAGAAAGACGUGUCCGUCGAAGAGUUUGUCAAGCACGUGAAUGGAUCCGCGGCACUCGCGGCGGCGCUCGCGCAACACGGCACCGCCCUCUCGUUCAAGAAGUAAACACUUAAGUCGGGAUAAAAUAGCCAACGACUUUGUACGAGUUUGUACUAAUUUUAAUAGUACUACAACGUAGUUACUAUGAAUAGUAGUAGUCAUGAAC